AUGGCGGUGGAGUCGCUGGCGACGCUCUGCGUGCUGUCGCUGAUCGACCAUCGCGGCCUGCUGGGCUACCUCGGCGACAUGGAUCUGUCGCUGCUGCGACCCGUGUUCGAACACUGCACCGCUGAUCAACUGGACCAGAUUGAGAACGAAAAUAAGGAUCGUGACUUCAGCCCUUUCACAGACGACCUUUGGGAGCGGUGCUACGAACGCAGGUACGGCAUUGAUGGCGUGCAGCAGGUUCAGGACAGAAUGAGACAAGCCAAAGUACUCUACCCAUGGCGACAGCUGUACCAUGCUCGGCAGCAGGCAGAUGAUCGCACGCAGCAGAAGUGUGUGUCACGGCUAAAGGAGCUGUACCACAAGGCAGAGGAAGUGAAGAAGCAGCGGCAGCUGAGGGUGCUGGAAAAGCCCCGCCUCUCAGUCACACGCAGGCGAAUGUUCUCCUCAGCGCCCUCCUCUCAAGCAGCAGCCUGGGCGAACAAGGCAGGCAGCCCCAUGCUCAAGAAGGCUCGCCUGACAUAUGCCAACAGUGUGCAGGCACGGUUAGUGUCAGAUAUCAAGAAGAAACCUCUCAACUACUCCCCACCCCGCUUGUACACGCACAGACCCUCUUCACACUCCUCACUCUCCUCUUCCCCAGCUGCACAAACAACCACCAGGGCUGCUGUAACCACCAGUCCUGUGGUUACCAGACAGUUUAAUUCCACACGCGCAUUUUCGGGGCAGCUGUCAGCCAAUCAGAGCCCUCAUGCCCGCCUUUCUGCCCGCGAGUCACCUUCUGGCCGGGGCUUUUCCGAACCACCAAGAGCCAUGCGGAUGGAGGCUCGGGGGCAGGUUCGGGAGCAGGCCAGGGGUUCGUCGGCUGCGGGCAUUCUGAAUAUUGUUGACCAGAGAGGGGGGUUUGGGGGUGCGAAUGAGAAAUGGGGAGGUGAUAAGGGGAGAUGCAGAGAGGGGGAGGGAAGCAGAGAAAAAAGAAUGAACAGAGGCAUGGACAGGGACAUGGACAGGGAUUGGGAGUGGGAGAGUGGAGGAGGAGGAGAAGGUGGAGGAGAGGGCAGCGAUACAGACGAGGACGCAGAGUACCAAAGGAAGAGAAGGAGAGUGUCUGACAGUGGUAGAGGGAGGGGAGACGGCAGGGAUGCAGAGGAGGAUUGGGACUGGAGUAGGGACAGAAGUGAAGGCUAUGGUAGGGGCAGAGGUGGAGGCAGUGACAGGAGGCCGGUUGAUGGAUCUAGUGGGAGGAGCAGGAGCAGUCAUGUGCAGGCCGGCAGCAAGGAGCGUGUCAUCAAGGAGAGAGCAGCAGGGAUCUCCAAGGGGAAGAAGAAGGUGGAGUGCAGUAUGGACUGGGGAGUGUAA